AACAAUUGUGCAAUAUCUAACCUUGCGCAAUAGUCAACAUCCUGAAUAAGUAUAUAUGAAUGUAUGUAUGUAUGUAUGGAGAAAUGUUAGUUGCACAUUACACAUUUGUGAAAAGAAACAGAGCAUUUUAGGUGCUGCUAAUCCGACGAACAUCUGAUCAAAUUGUUGUGGCUUAGGACGUUCUAUGAUACUUGACUUACUAGUAACCAAUUUCAACUCAAAAUAGUUGAAUGGUUGAAAAGUGACAGCGAAGUGAAAACGAAAAUAGAAUAAAGAACAUUUAUACAUAGUCAGGUUAUGGCUGGUACUGUGUCCAGUGCCCAUUGCGCCGUGCAGGUGGGAAGCUACAUGGCCCAGAGGCGUAGCGAGUGGCCGGAGAGGGGUAGACACAUCUUAGCACAGUUUGACGAGGAAACCAUCGUCGUGUACCAGGCCUUCCGGCCAGAUAUAGCGGAGUACGCCGUGACGCAUGGGAAGUUCGGAGGCCCAGAGUACAGUUUUACCCGGAUGACAUGGAUCAAAACCAACUUCAUGUGGAUGAUGUAUCGUUCUGGUUGGGGACAGAAACGGGACCAGGAGCGGACACUUGCCAUCCUCCUGAGCAGGAAGGGGUUUGAGGAGCUGUUGAAAGGGGCAAAAGGGGUUGGAAUUACAUUGGAAAAACAUCAACCAGAUGAUGUACGGAUACAGUGGGAUCCUGACCACUGUCCAAAAGGGGAAAAGCUCGAAAGAAGGGCCAUCCAGCUAGGUCUGAAAGGCACCGCUCUACAGAAGUUUCACCAGGAUUACAUACAGCGCAUUGCCGAUAUUAGCGAGUUCGUUGAUGAACAAAGACAAUUUGUUGAUAAUGGUGCACUUGACAAGCUAUUAAGUCCAAUUGAAAAGGUUUACGUACCUAGUGACAAAGAGAUAUGUCGACAUAUCUUAUUGGAGGGCUACGACACCAACGAAGGGAUUGCAGAUGCUACUGAGGCUGUUUACCCACUAAAGAACAUAACCGAUGAAAAUGCUGAGGCCUGUUGUUCAGGGAAGUUGCAAUCACUUAUUGACGGUAGGUUUGCUGGUUCCGAUACCAAGGAGAAUGUCAUUGUUUGUCUUGGAGGAGCGUUCAAUCCCGUCCAUACAAGACAUGUUGCAGUUUUAAAAGCAGCUAUUGGUUGGCUACACAAGAAUACUCAUUACCGCGUUGUUGCCGCGAGACUAGCGGUCGCACCGGACGGAUACGUGAAACAGAAAUGCAAGAAGACGAAAGCAUUGUGCAUCAAAGCACAACACAGACUCAGACUGUGUCAGCUCACGUGUGACGGGCAUGAUUUAAUACAAUCUUAUCACUCAACGGUCGGAUCUGCCCUGGAGUGCGGGCAAAAGGUCCGCAGGGAGGAGAACUGGGGGAACGUCAAGACCGCCGUGGUAGUUGGAGCAGAUAGGGCUGUGAGCAGAGGUGGUGGGAAGUGGACGAGAAAGAGCAAAUGCGUCACAGUCUGCGUUGGGAGGAAAGGUACCACCGAUGCAGUUAAACAGGCGUAUCUUGCGGAUCUUUCUUUGCACUCAGUUGAAGACAAGGACUUCUUUAUUGCAGAUACGGAGAUCGACGAUGUCAGCUCGACGGAAAUACGACGCAAACUACAAAGCGUUAAUUUGGGUAUCUCUGACGUUUACGCUAAAGGAAACUACCAGAGUUGUUCUAGUACGAGCUUCGACCAAGAGAGGACAGUACUUGAGACACAAGGACCGACUGAGGAGGAUACAACGACAGCCCAGCAGUGUAGUACAAUGAAGCCAGCUGUUAACAAGCAAACAUCAUCGGAUGUUGUUAUUGGAGAACUGGUUCAAAAAGGCUGGAUUGACAACAAGGCUGGUGCAUACCUUUUUGAGCAUCUGUCAGACUUGUACCACUAGCAGCGACAUGGUUUUAAGAGCAUUCACAUUUAACAUAGUUUGCGGUAAAUGUUCAGGUCAUUUUGGACGCUGUCUGAUAAAAUAUUUACAUAGGAGGUUAACGCAUGGCAAUGUGGUCAUCAAAUGAUCAAAUAUCGUGGUACCAAGAGAGAAUGUGUAUGCAUUAUAUUUUUAAUUAAUUUUUGCUAACCUGAUGUAAGAAAAUACAAUAAAAA